AUGGCGCAAAAGGAAGCAGGAGAGCAUGCGGUCGAGCCGCUUCUUAGGGGUGAUGAGUCCCUGAAUUGCGCUUCGGAAGAAGAGUUCAAAGACGAGUUUUCGAGAUUUGACCAGAAACAGAAAAGGCGGAUAUGGAGGAGGAUAUUUCCAUGGCUGUUGCAUAGUUCGAUAAUAGUCGUAUAUUCGCUGGUUAUUUUUGCUGUUAUACUACCCAGACUCCAGAGGCAUGUUUUGCAAGAAGGAAGAGAAGAAAAUCGACCACAUCUUCCAUUACCAGAUAGACAAGGCCUGAAAUGGGAGUACCGUCGGUUCCCAACAAAUAUCGUGAACAACCCCUUUGCCGGACCUCCUCGUGAGGAUAUGGAGCAAGCAUGGCAUAAGUUUUUGCGAAAUGACAACAUCCGUGUUCCUAUCGGCUAUCUGAAGGAGAAGAACUUGACUUCAGUAUAUACCAAAGAUCACUCAGAGGGUAUUGCAUCAUUGAGUGUAUAUCACUCUCUGCACUGCUUUGUUCAAGCGCAUGAUGUUCAAAGAGCAUUAUUAUGCCCAACAAGGACGAAGAGUCCCAUGGCCCGCGAAAUAAAGCACGCCGACCACUGUGUGGAAUAUAUUCGAGAAUCCCUCAUGUGUCAACCAGACCUGUCCCUCGUCACCUUCCGCUGGAUCAACAACACAGCCCAGCACGAAGACCCGACGGAGUUUUACCCGACAAAUUUUGAUAGAGAGGGUGCGGGAGGUUCAAUGGCAGCAGCCCGUCCAGCCCAGAGAAACGGCGAAGCGCCCGAAAGCUCUUUCAUCUCGCCGUCAGUCUCUGCUGCUCUAGCGGUGGAACGUAACCAUAACUAACUCGUCGACCAGCCUUGUCGGGCCUUGUGUUCGCAUCUAAGGGUGUAACUCCAGAUUUACAUGGUGUGCAUGGCAGCGAGAGGCGUAACUCCAUGUUACUGCUUCGUAUAACCAGCAUCCCUGGGGCUCGGGGUAGGGUUCUUUGUUCCCACGGCGCCCAACACGGCUCGACGGGCCAUUCGUAUUGCCUGCUCGU